CUCUCAUGAAGCAUGUCUGAUGAAAUCUCUAUAUUAAUACAAGAUAGAAAAACAGGUCAACGUAGGAAUCUAACACUUAAUAUAAAUAUAACUGGAAAUAUCGAAGAUCUCACAAAAGAUGUGGAAAAGCUCACCGAAAUUCCCAGCGAUGAGCUGGAAGUGGUUUUCUGUGGGAAAAAGUUAUCAAAAUCAACGAUUAUGAGGGAUUUGUCACUGACACCUGCAACACAAAUCAUGCUUCUCCGUCCAAAGUUCAAUAGUCACAACGAAAACGGUGCUACUACUGCAAAAAUAACAACAGAUUCUUCAAUUCUCGGAAGCUUCUACGUGUGGUGCAAAAAUUGUGACGACGUCAAGCGCGGCAAACUGCGGGUUUAUUGCCAAAAAUGCUCGUCAACCUCUGUUCUAGUCAAAUCUGAACCCCAGAACUGGUCCGACGUUCUCAAAAGCAAGAGAAUACCGGCGGUCUGCGAAGAAUGCUGUACUCCAGGUCUUUUCGCUGAAUUCAAGUUCAAAUGUCUAGCCUGCAACGAUCCGGCCGCAGCUCUAACUCACGUACGCGGAAAUUGGCAAAUGACCGAGUGCUGUGUUUGUGAUGGGAAGGAGAAAGUGAUCUUCGACCUCGGAUGCAAUCAUAUUACAUGCCAAUUCUGUUUCAGAGAUUAUUUGCUAAGUCAACUGGAACGAUUCGGUUUUGUCAAUCAGCCGCCGCAUGGCUUCACCAUUUUCUGCCCCUAUCCAGGGUGCAAUAGAGUGGUACAAGAUGUGCACCAUUUCCACAUUAUGGGUCAGACGUCGUACAGCGAAUACCAACGGAAAGCCACCGAGCGAUUGAUUGCCGUGGACGACAAGGGUGUGACUUGCCCGAAUGUCUCGUGUGGGCAGAGCUUCUUCUGGGAGCCCUAUGAUGACGAUGGAAGAUCCCAGUGUCCAGAUUGUUUUUUUUCGUUUUGCAGAAAGUGCUUCGAAAGAAAUUGUGUGUGCCAGAGCGAAGACGAUCUCACCCGAACUACAAUUGACGCGACUACAAGAAGAUGCCCAAAAUGCCACGUGGCAACCGAACGGAACGGCGGAUGUGCUCACAUUCACUGUACCUCGUGUGGAAUGGAUUGGUGUUUCAAGUGCAAGACAGAAUGGAAGGAAGAGUGUCAAUGGGACCAUUGGUUUAAUUAAUAACUCUCUAAAAUUCAUCUUUUCUAGAGAUUGUACGUGUUAUUCUGUAGAUUUUUACAACAAUUACGGUGUGUCUGAAGUUACAUUGACAUU